AUGGCCCUGUCCAUUCAACUUGCAACCUUGAUAUCUUUACUUGUGCAAAGUAUUCUCUAUGGUAUUUUUUGCAUGUUGUUCAUUGCAUCAACUUACGUCCUGAAACAACGUCAAAAAGCACAUGUCAGCAUAAGUCGUCCUAUAGCCGUGGCAGGUCCAAUCAUGUUCGUGCUCGCAUCUGCACAUAUUGCCACAAUCUUUGUCCGAAUAGUCCAAGCCUUUAUACGGGAACCGGACAAGACGGGACAACAAGCCGUACUCAAUGCAACGAGCUCUGUAUCUUACGUGAUUAAGACUACGUUAUAUAUGGCCCAAACAGUCUGGGUCGGCGAUGGAUUCAUGGUGUAUCGGCUCCAUAUCGUCUGGAACGGCGAUAAACGUGUGAUGAUACCAAUGUACAUUGCCCUCGUAGCGAGCAUGGCAACAAGCAUCGCAUCUCUUCAUGCCUGUGCGACAGACGUCGUUAUAGACGUGUUUGGACUGCAAAAAUGGGGAUAUGCUACGUAUAGCAUGACCUUAGGAGUCAAUUUCUCUGGGACAUCGUUAAUUGCUGCCCGGAUAAUGUGGAAUGAAAAGAAUGUUCGAAGGAUCACUGUUCAGGGUCAAAGUACGCUAGCAGCAGCGUUAGUUAUCAUAGAAUCUGGGGCCAUAUACUCUCUUGGAACAAUCGUUCUCCUCAUCUUUUUCCGUUCGGGGAACUAUAUUCACUAUGUCUUUGGUGAAGCGCUUGUUCAGGUAGUGGGAAUCGUAUUUUCCAUGAUCAUUUUACGGAUCGGUCUUGGAAUGUCGUUUCAAGAUACGUAUUCGACAACACUGACCCGAAACCCCACUGGUAGGCCCUCAGGGGUAGGCCACCCAUUGUCUCAAAGCCUCACUGUGCCGUCUCCUGCCUUGGCAAUUAAUGUAUCAAAGGUCACUCAUACUCACUCUGACCGAGGUUACACAAAAGAUCAUAGGUUGGCCGCUUCCGAUGAAGCUUUGCAGUUAUCAUAA